CGAGCCAACGAGUAGAAAGAACACAAUGUUGAUUAAACAAAAAAAACAUUUUGUAUAUACGGUGGCAAUAAUAUUGCUCUUGGCCCUGGUUCAAGCUGAAGAUCAGCAGCAGGACGAUGAUGAGGACUAUGUCCAACAGGAUGUGGAUUUGACCAAACGUUUGAUUAAAGUCGACACAAUGGCCGAUAAAUGUAUUUUGGUGGAGACUGAACAGAAUGUGAAACGUUGUCGUGGUUUUACAUUCGAUAAAGAGAAUGAGGUGGCGUUUUUUGAUUUGCAAACUCCGGUGCGUAUAUCACCGGAUCGUGAUACCUAUGAGGUGGGCAAUCAACCGCGUUUGGAUGUCCUGAUAUUUCAAAAUUCAACAUUCAAUACAUUUCCAUUGCAUUUGUUCUACUCAUUGGAAUUGAGUGAGCUGGAUAUGCGUAAUUGUCAAAUGAAACAUGUGACAUGGGAAAGUUUCUUAAUGGCCAAUAAUUUGAGAAUUUUGUUAUUAUCGGAAAAUAAUAUUGAAGAGAUCGAUGAGAGCACUUUCAACUAUGCCAGUGAAUUGCAAUUCCUAUUUCUUCGCGGGAAUCGACUCAGUCGUUUGAAUCGCAAAAGUUUUAAAGGUUUGAGAAAGUUGCAACAUUUGGAUUUAAGUGGAAAUCGUUUGACGGAAUUAGCUGUGGGAAUCUUUGAUGAUUUGGAGAGAUUACAACAAAUUGAUUUAUCUGAUAAUCAAUUGAGUUUCUUGGGCAAUGAACUAUUCGGUCAGAAUUCACAUCUAUUGACCGUCAACUUGAAUACGAAUCAUUUGCGUGCCAUUGAGGAAAAUGCCUUUCGUCGUUCCACGAAUUCACCUCCACUCUUGGCUGUGGAUCUCUCGCACAAUAAUCAACUGAAUGUAUUGCUAUUGAAUUUAAAUGCCGGCGAUUUGCGUGCUCGGAACUGUUCACUGGACCGUGUCAAUUUAUAUGGCUCGGUGACGAAUGUCGAUUUAAGUGAUAAUCGCUUGCGAGAGCUUUACUUCACUCAGCCAGAGAUACUCGAACGUUUGAUUUUGCGUAAUAACUCAUUGGGACAGUUGUCCUCAUUGACGCGAGUGCCACGUUUACGUUAUCUGGAUGUUGGCGAUAAUCCCGGUUUGGGUGACUUGCCCGAGAAUUGGCAGACACCGGCCCUGCAAUACCUUGACAUAAGUAAUACAGGACAACAGCAAUUGGAUAUUGAUGCCCUCAAGGGCAUGCCGCAAUUGCGAAAAUUGAACAUAUCCUCGAAUAAUAUCAGUCAAAUUGAUCCACCAUCCUUUAUGGAACUCUCGCACCUAACACAUUUCUAUUUGCAUGCGAACAAUUGGAAUUGCUAUAAUCUCAAUAAUCUAAUGAAUAUCCUAAUACGUCCGUUUGGUAUUACCUAUACACCAGAUCGAUAUGAUACGGAUUAUCCGGGUGAAUAUGUUUUUGGCAUAGCCUGCAUGUAUCGUCUGACUGAACCGGAAACCGAAUCGGAAUCAUCUUCCGCAUCUGCAUCUGCAUCCUCUUCAUCUGUAGAAUAUGUUAGCCUCGAAUCACAGUCACAAAAUUUACAACAUGAGCGGGAUCAAAUGGAAAUUGAUAAAUUGCGGCAGGAGCUAAAGUCAGUGGUGCAACAUUUUGAUGCCAAAUUCGAUAAUGUCUUUCAGCAAUUACUACAAUUAAAUCUUAAAAUGAAAUCAAUUGAGAAUAUAAAUAAUACGCUAUGGAAAGAUAUGACUGUAUCGAUUUCAAAUUAACUUUUCUGUAUAUAACCUCACCAUGUAAUUCAUGUUAUUUUCUCUACAUGUAUAAGCAACACAUUUGACUUUUAAUUAUUAAAUUGCUAACAAACAAUAAAAACCUUUAAAG